AAGUACAGCCUGGGCGUUCAAGGGAUGUCACUCAUUUCCUCCAGUGACUUUGACAAGUCAGAAGCUUGAAAGCAGGGAAAUCCUCAACAGAUUUCCAGAACGCUCCAACCAGCCUGGUUGAGCAUCUGCUCUCUUUACUGCCGGUGGCCUUCUGCAGAGCUGCCCCGGGUCUGAGGGUUUUGCACCAUGGCCAAGAGCCUCAGCCUGCUGUUGCUUGUGGCCUCCGUCUGGACCACGAGGCUCCUGGUUGAAGGCUCUGUCCAAAUGCAAGAGCUUUCCAUCUCGACACCGUGCAGAAUUAUGGGGGUCACCGUGGUGGGCAGAAGGGUAAACCCUCAACUGAAUUUCACAGAAGCCAGGGAAGCCUGCCAACUGCUGGGACUCACACUGGCCAGCAAAGACCAGGUGGAAGCUGCACAGAAGUCUGGCUUCGAGACUUGCAGCUAUGGAUGGGUUGGAGAACGGUUUUCUGUCAUCCCUCGAAUUUUCCCAAACCCCAAGUGUGGGAAAAAUGGGAAGGGAGUCCUGAUUUGGAAAGCGCCGGUUAACCAGAAGUUCAGAGCGUAUUGCUACAACUCAUCGGAUACCUGGGUUAACUCAUGCAUGCCAGAGUUCGUCACCACCUUUGACCCCAUGUACGAGGACAUUCAAACUGCCACCCCCACAGCAGAGUCUGCUGUCAGUGAGGAUGGCACCGACCUGGCUUCCGCUGUGCACUCUUCGUCCCCUGCCCUAGCCACCACGCCUGCUCCGCCCUCCACCUCCAUUCCCCGGAAGACAAAAGUGGUUUGCGUCACAGAAAUUGUGACAGAAACAACCUCCGUGGCUACAGAAGCAGAAGCCUCUAAUGAAAGUGAGGCGGCACGCAAGAAUGAAGAUGCUGGGUUUGGAGGUGUCCCCACGGCUCUGCUGGUGCUCGCGCUCCUCUUCUUCAGUGCUGCGGCUGUCCUGGCAGUUUGCUACGUCAAAAGGUACGUGAAAGCCUUCCCUUUCACAAGCAAGAGUCAGCAGAAGGAAAUGAUUGAAACCAAGGUCGUGAAGGAGGAGAAGGCCGAGGAUGGCGCCGCUAAUGAGGAAUCAAAGAAAACUGACAAAACCACAGACGAGCCCAAGAGUCCACCCAGAGCCACCGUGAGAUGCCUGGAAGCUGAAGUGUAGAUGAGAAAGGGCGGAGAAGACACACCGGGGCUGAUUUCUUCCCGAUCAGUAGCUUGGUUCCCCCCUCCACCCAUGGGAAAACUAAAAGGAUCAAAGAAGAAAGCCCACCACUGGCUCCUUAUGGGAAAAGACUAUGGGGUUCCCCAAAGGGAGGCCUCUUCAUAUUGCAAUCCUCUCUGACCUUCUCCUCCUACCUCCAAAGCUUCCCACAGCCCUUCCAGCCUGCCUGUGUCCUAUAAUCUCCCAGUGGGAGGGAGAAGAGGGUUUUCAAAGCAGCAGGCCCCAAGACAGCUCCUCAGUAUACGUCAUAAGUAGGUCUGUAAGCUGCCUGAUCCUGAGUUGAGUGAGGGUCAGAGUCCCUGCGACCUGGCUGGCUGCAUGGCCCAGGGCCUGCCUGCAGCUCCACAAGGGAAACACUUCAUGCCCCCUGGCAUGUCCCUUAGAUCCAGGCAUAAGUAAAGUAAGGAAGGGAAGGUGGCGCCACUGAAGACCAUGGAGAUCCGUGUGACUUGAGACCUAAUCUUUGGGAGGCCAAAGUAAACAGAAUACCAGAAAGAGGCUCAGAAUACUGACAAGGGCCUUGUUAGCAGGACCUGUAACACAGCCUGGGUCCAGGGGUUCUCUCGGUCAGUCAAUUGGAAUCUUUUUUUUUUUUUU